AUGGCAAUCUUUUUUAGCAACAACACUCUGUCAGCUGACAAGGAUCAAAUUUUGGAACUUGCGGGGUUACCAGCCACUCAGAGAUACGACACUUAUUUGGGGCUUCCUGCCCUAGUGGAUAAAUCGAGAACAUCAGCCUUUAGAAGCAUCAUUGACAGGGUUUGUAAGCGAUUAAAAGAUUGGAAAUUUAAAUUCUUGUCUCAAGCUGGGAAAGAGAUCAUUUUGAAGGCGGUCAUACAAGCUACUCCAACUUAUUGCAUGAGUGUGUUCUGUCUUCCGAAGUUGUUAUGUUCGGAGAUAAACUCACUAAUGCAAAAGUUUUGGUGGGAUCAAAAGGAGAAUGACAAACGGAUCGCUUGGAUGAGUUGGAGCUGUAUGGGGCAUUCAAAAAAGCGUGGGGGUAUGGGCUUUAGAGAUUUCACUUGCUUCAAUACGGCCCUUUUGGCAAAGCAGUGUUGGAGGAUAUGGAAGGUGCUGGAAAGCCCUCUUGCAAAAAUUAUGAAAGCCAAGUAUUUUCCCGGACUGUUCUAUUUUGGAAGCCCAAGUAGGAAAAAAACUGUCUUUUGCUUGGAAAAGCAUACAAUGCUCGUGCGAUUUGCUUCGAGAAGGGUUGAUAUGGAGAGUGGGGUGCGGUGA